AUGAGCGAGUGCAAUCCAAGCCCAAUUCCAAUGGAAUCGAGACUGAAGCUAUACAAGUCACAGGAAGAAGAAAGAGUGGAUCCUACAAUGUACAGAAGUCUCAUUGGGAGUUUGAGGUAUCUCAUCAAUACGAGACCUGAUCUUGCUUAUGCAGUAGGCAUUGUUAGUAGGUUCAUGGAAGAUCCUGGUGUAUCACACAUGGCUGCUGUAAAGCAUAUACUAAGGUACAUCCGUGGAACCAUUACUUUUGGUUGUCAUUAUACCAGAAGAGGAGAAGGAUAUUCUGGACUUGUUGGCUAUUGUGAUAGUGAUUUGGCUGGAGAUGUAAAUGACAAGGAUAUUCUGGACUUGUUGGCUAUUGUGAUAGUGAUUUGGCUGGAGAUGUAA